UUGCGCGCCAAACUUUAUCAGUCGAAUGCAGUCGAGUGAUUCAUUUGAUGUAAUGCGCGAUAGUUUUACGAUAGCUCGAGUGUUGAGUAUUUAUCAAGUGUCAUUUCAUAAAAGUAUAAAAAAUGUCAGGCCCUUCCGACGUAGCGAAAGAUCCGGAGGAUACUAUUAAAAUUUUAGUAGCCACGGACAUCCAUCUCGGUUACAAUUACAGUAAAAAAAGAGGUGGACACACCGAUGACAGUUUCAUAACAUUUGAGGAAAUAUUAAAGUAUGGAGAGGACAACGAAGUCGAUCUUGUUUUGUUAGCUGGAGACUUGUUUCACGAUACUAAACCAUCGCAAGUUACGUUACUUAAGUGCAUAGAACUGCUGCGAAAAUAUUGCUUGGGUACCAGAGAGUGCAAAUUGGAAUUCCUAACUGAUCCGGAACUGGUAUUUCGACACUGUGAGCAAAAGCAUGUGAAUUACGAAGAUCCCAAUUUAAAUAUCUCAAUGCCGGUAUUUACCAUUCAUGGGAAUCACGAUGACCCAAAUAUGGGAACUGUUGGUUCGAUAGAUGUACUGUCGGCUACUGGGCUCGUAAAUUACUUUGGAAAGUGGACAGAUCUCUCUCGCAUAGUUAUACCACCCGUAAUCUUGAAAAAACAUAAUACAAGUGUCGCUCUUUACGGCUUGAGUUAUAUCAACGAUCAGAGAUUAUCCAGAUUGUACAGGAGCGAGAAGGUGGAACUGUUACGUCCAACAACAAACAUGGAUGCUUUCAACAUAUUUGUCCUACAUCAGAAUCGCGUCAAGCAUGCCCAGUAUGCUCAUAUACCAGAAGGUAAACUCCAUAAAUUCCUCAAUUUAGUUAUCUGGGGUCAUGAACAUGAAUGUCGUCCUGCUGCUGAGCAUAAUAUGGAAGGUGGAUACUGGAUUUUCCAACCAGGAAGCUCCAUUGUUACUUCUUUGUGUGAGGCUGAAUCAAAACCUAAACAUGUCGGCCUCUUAAAGAUAAAUAAAAAUGAUUUCAAAAUAAAAAACCUGAAAUUGAAGAGCGUCCGACCAUACAUCUUUGAGAAUAUGAUUCUUCGUGAUCACGACAUCAAGAUGGGGGAUUGUGUUUCAUUGGCAGAUUCUGUGAGUCAAUACGUGGAUCAGUAUAUCGAGAAUGAGAUCAUGCCAAAAGUUGUCAAUCAGCUUACAGGAUAUCCUAAUCAACCAACCCAACCAUUAAUCCGAUUGAGAAUAUUUUAUGAAGAUGACAAUGAACAAUUUGAUACAUUAAGCUUAGCACAAAAAUAUUGUGAUGAAGUGGCUAAUCCGAUGGAGAUGAUUCUGUUCCGUAAAAUUUCGGAAAGAACAAAACGUGUGCUCAACGAAGGAGUUGAUGAUGUGGAUGACAUCGCAGAAUUAUUCCAAGGAGAGUUGGACCAUGAUUGGAUUAGUACAGUGCCAGGGGGAAUCAAGAAAUAUUUCGAUAAGGAAGAAAACAAGGACAAGUUAACAGUAUUAACCGUAGCAGCGUUAAACGAAGCGUUAAAUCGAUAUGUCGAUCUGGGCGAUACGGAUGCUUUUAGAAUCGCCGUAAAGAACGAAAUGAAGAAGAACAUCGAGUAUAUAAGUGCACAAAAUACUGAUACAUUGGAAGAUAUCCGUACAGAAAUAAAAAAAUUCCGUGAUUCAAGGCUUCAAGAGGAACAAGAGGAAGGACAAGAGCAAAAUGACGUUGCAAGACCAUCAAACAAUGCAUUUCAAACGAGUCCGAGAAGAGUUGAACAGUCUCGUCCUACUGAUUUAACGAAUGACAGCAGUGAUAGCAGCGAAGAUUUAAAUUCAUCAACGUCAUCGACCAGAGGAAGGGGAAGAGGUAGGGCUAGAGGUAGAGGUAGAGCCAGAGGUUCUGGAGAUGCCAGAGGAGCCAAAAGAGGACGUGGUAGAGCAAAAUCUGAUGAUCGGAAUGUUUCCAUUGUAAGAUUGCUACAAAACUCCAGAAGUGCUCGAGCAAAACGGGUAAAUGAAGAUUACAUUGUUCUUUCAGAUUCCGAUUAAUUAUUAAGUACAGAUACUUAUACUAUUUAAACAUAAUGUAUAUGUUUAAACAUAAUAUACAUAUAUGUAUUCAAAUAAAUAUUAUUUUACAUACAAAA